GCUACUUCACAUUGGCUUCGCUAUGCUUUUUGCUGUUAGCCCGACAUGAGCAGUAAUGAAAUUUGUUUGCUUCUUGGAGCUACUGGUGUCGGAAAAACGUUGUUCUUGAAACGUCUACAAAACCUCAGCUUGCAUGGAUUAGGUGAAUUGGCUUCACCUCCUUCUACUCUGCCUACAGUAGGGACGAACCUGACAGACCUGACACUGAAGAGGAAGAAGGUGACAUUAAGAGAGUUGGGAGGCUGCAUGGGCCCUAUAUGGCCAAGUUAUUUCAGAGACUGCUCCUCUGUUAUUUUCAUGGUGGACUCUUCCAACAUUGCGCAGAUAUCCUCCUCCUGUAUCCAGCUGCUCUCAGUACUUUCUGCCGAGCCUCUGUGCAGUGCCCCAGUGCUUAUUCUCUUCAAUAAAAGGGACAUGCCUUGCACUAUGAGUCUUACAGAAAUAAAGUCCCUCUUCAGAAUGGAUGACAUCAUUACAUCUGCAUCUCAGGCAAUCACAACUCUGGAAUUCAGCGCUCGCACAGGACAGGGACUCCAGGAGGUGCUAACUUGGUUGGAGUCCAUUACAGUGAAGUGAACAGUCUUAAAUUUGCAUCUUAAAAAAGUGAUGCUACUCUCACAGGACUCUGAAAGACCCCAAGCCUUUUUGCAAGAGCUGUCAGUAUCCUUGUUGUGAAAGUACAGUUUACAGAAUAUCUUCUAUGUUUUAAUGAUGUGCCUAAUGUUGGAUACUGUGAAAAAAGUGUCAAUACAUACAAAAAGAACUGGUUAUUACCAGAUAUCUGUCCCAUGUAAAUAUGGUGCUAUAAAUAAUGGUAAAAGGGGAAGGAGAUAUUACAGUAAGUAUUUUAUUAGACGUUUUUGGUAUCAUGGCAAGGUGGAAUGAUGUAGAUAGUCAAUUGUAAAUGUGUUAAAUGAACACGUAUUUGUGUCAAAGAACUGUUUAUAUCAGUAACUAUCACUGAUAAAACUCUAGACACAAGCAGUGAACUAAGGACAGACUGCAGUGUAGUUAAAACAUGGAUUUGUAUGUCCUUCUAAGACUGAAUGAAAACCCUGUAGUUCUCUAGUGAUUUUUCUAUGGAGAAAAUCCAAUGGGAGAUGUUGGGUAAAUCAACUUAGGUCAGGCAGACAUAACACCUCAAGGCCUUUCAAUUUCAAUUUAACAUAUCAAACAAGGAUCAUAUGUUUCAACAUAUUCUUAAAAUUGUAAUGUAAUUGUAUAAACAGAUGACCAUUAGAACCUGUUAAUGAGUGCUCUGUCUUUCUUUUGCCCUUUUCUGAUCACUGUAUUUUUUUCCUUACAUGUGAAAAGAGGGUAUGCUGUGUUUUAUUAUCUACUUGUAUGUUUUGUCUAUUGAAUAAAAAUCUACAAAUGAAGUCUUAUAAAUUAAA